AUGAUAGAGAAAAGAUUGGCGGCAGAGUUGGGAGUAACAGGAUAUGCUAAGCCCCUAUGCCUUAAAUGGACGAGUAAUGUCACCCGAGAAGAGCCGAACUCACAACGUGUAACAUUCGAAGUUUCCGGCGAGGAAAAGGGUAAACGCUUCAUGAUGAGAGACGUAGGUACCAUUGAAUCGUUGGAUUUGCCAAUGCAGAACGCACCGAUAGAGAAACUGGUUAAGUGCUACAACCAUCUGAAGGGCCUGCCGAUUAGAAGUUAUCGAAACGCUAUUCCGCAGCUUUUAAUAGGAGUAGACAACCUGCGGCUGAUCGUUCCACUCAAGGUUCACGAAGGAGUAGAAGGAAGUCCAACUGCGACCAAAACACGGCUAGGGUGGUGUAUCUAUGGCUGUCAAGGAAACAUAGAAUAUCAUCCACGAAAUUACCACGUUUGCGAAUGUGGAGGAGAGUCGGAGUUUAACGAUGCGAUCAAGAAAUAUUUUUCAUUCGAAGAAACUGGCGUUAAAUCAGUUACCAGCGUAGCGUCAGAAGAGGAUAAACGGGCUUUGCGCAUCAUGAAACAGACAACAGUACACGUGAAGGAUCCGUAUGAAUCGGGACUGUUGUGGAAAUUUGACAAAUUCGAGUUUCCUGAUAGUUAUCCGAUGGCAUAUAAACGGCUACAAUGUUUGGAGAGACGUAUGGCGAAAGACCCAGCACUGAGAGAGAACAUUGAACGACAACUUAAAGAGUAUCAGGCGAAAGAAUACGCACAUCGUGCUACUCCAGAAGAGCUGGCUAGUGCUGAACCUCGGCGUACAUGGUACCUUCCAUUGGGAGCAGUAAUGAAUUCCAACAAACCAGGAAAAAUGCGUCUAAUAUGGGACGCAUCCGCCAAAGUUGAUGGCGUAUCCCUGAAUACAUUCCUGCUUAAAGGUCCAGAUCAAGUAACAUCAUUGCCUACAGUUCUAUUUCGCUUCCGACGAUACCGGGUGGCAGUGAGCGCAGACAUAAAAGAAAUGUUCCAUCAGGUGAAAAUCAGGCCCGAGGACCGUCACGCGCAGCGCUUUCUUUGGCGAUCAAAUCCAACACCAGAACCGGAGGAAUUCUUAAUGGAUGUCGCCACGUUCGGAUCGACAUGUUCACCCGCCACAGCGCAAUACGUUAAAAAUACAAACGCCCAACUGUUUGCACAAACAUUUCCACGAGCUGUUGAAGGAAUUGUACUUAGCCAUUAUGUAGACGACUACCUUGAUAGUUUCCACGACGAGAUUGAAGCGAAACGAGUGGCGUGUGAGGUUAAAAAUAUCCACGAUUACGGCGGAUUCGAUCUCCGCAAUUGGUGUUCCAACAGUUUGGACGUACUGCAGCAUCUAGGUGAAGAUACGAGAAUCCAAUUGAAGCAGCUGAAUCCAGAAAAGGACGACCACUCCGAACGAGUAUUGGGAAUGCUAUGGGAAACACAUACCGACGAGCUUCGUUUUUCAGCCACUUUGCCCGGCGAUAUCGCGCACAUCGUCAAAACUGAAACCAAACCCACUAAAAGUCAGAUUCUCCGAUGUGUAAUGACACUGUUUGACCCAUUAGGCUUGCUGGCCCCAUUUCUUGUGUUCGGAAAAAUGUUGAUUCAGAGCGUAUGGCGCCUUGGAAUCGACUGGGAUGAUCAGGUUGAUGAUGAAGUCUAUGGGCGAUGGCUACAGUGGAUUGAAAUGUUCAAUCAUAUCAACGAGAUACGCAUUCCUCGUAGUUACUUUCGGAAAGCUGGAGUAUGUAGUUUUCGAAAUAUCGAAAUCCAUACCUUCGUAGAUGCAGGAAAAGAUGCUUGUUCGUGCGUUGUUUACUUCAGAAUAGUUAACAGGACUGGAGACGUAGAAGUGGCUUUGGUAGCGGCCAAAACGAAGGUUGCGCCCCUUAAACCUAUAACUGUACCACGAAUGGAAUUGCAAGCAUGCGUUCUCGGUGCACGUCUGGCCAAGUUCGUUAUCGAAGGACAUGCAUUCCCAUCUAUCAGUAGCUACUUCUGGAGUGAUUCCAGUACUGCACUCAGCUGGAUCAACGCAGACCCUCGAAAGUACAGCCCCUUUGUAACUUUCAGAGUAGGCGAGAUUUUAGAAAACACUAAUCGGGCCGACUGGCGGUGGGUCCCCUCCCAGCAGAAUCCUGCCGAUGAAGCAACAAAAUGGGGAUCAGGACCUUACUUCAACACUCAUAGUAUUUGGUACAGCGGACCCGAUUUUCUACGCCUCUCUAAAGACAAUUGGCCUACAUGGAAACCUACUGGAGCGGGAAACGAAGAACUGCGAAAAUGUUAUGUUCAUCAUGAUGCCGUCAGACCAGAAUACGGGGAUUUCCCGAGGAGAUUUGGACUGACAAUGCGACCAAUUUUCAAGGAGCCGAACGCCUGCUUCGCGAUAAACGAUGGUCUAGCCAGCACCUUCACUAGUACCCAGACAGCCUGGAAAUUCAUCCCACCGAGUGCACCUCAUAUGGGCGGCGCGUGGGAGCGUUUGGUGAGAACAGUUAAGGCAGGUUUAGCGGCAGCGUACAACAACGAGAAGCUGGAUGACGAAGCACUAUGGACACUACUCGUUGAGGUCGAGUGUAUGGUUAACAGCAGACCAUUGACUUAUCUGCCCCUAGACUCCGCCGAGCAAGAGGCUUUAACGCCAAACCAUUUUCUGCUCGGUAGUUCAUCCGGGGUGAAGCAACCACCUAUCGAUAGAGAAUGGAAUAGUACCUAUCUAAAGCAGUCGUGGAUUAUACUACAGGCUCGUCUGGAUGCAUUUUGGAAACGAUGGAUAUCAACGGCGGUGACCGUAGGUGGUAGUGGUGAUGGUGGUGUCGUUCGACGAAAGGACAAUGGUAACGAAGUGAUGGAAAAUCCGUCUGAAGCCAUGUCCGUUCCGUCAGGACAGGCACACCACAGGGGAGAAUUGAUGAAAAAACAAGCAUGGCGCGACCAAACCAUAUUACCGAAUGCGCUACCUGAACGCUUGCAUAGAAGGACCGGUCCGUCGGCCACACGGAUUAAUGUAUCGAGAUGGUUUCCGAUUGGGACCAGCGAAGAAAAAGACUGCAAAAACAGCGAACACAGAAUAUCAACGGCGGUGACCGUAGGUGGUAGUGGUGAUGGUGGUGUCGUUCGACGAAAGGACAAUGGUAACGAAGUGAUGGAAAAUCCGUCUGAAGCCAUGUCCGUUCCGUCAGGACAGGCACACCACAGGGGAGAGUACUGA